AUGAAUGGGAAACACGAGUUGAUAUUAAAUCGCGCCAGUACAGAUGUAAACUGUUUAGAUUUAGCACCCGUUGAUGCGGACAAGGUACCGCAACCGCCGAUUCCAAAUGGUGAGAUUGAAAUUAGUCGUGUCACAUGGAGGAUGCCAGUCAUAAAAGUAUCUGAUAAGGAGAAACUGCGUUUAAUGUCGUAUGUUGAGAGGAGCAUACCGGUUCAGAUAGCGUUCCGUACAUGGGAACUGUACGAAUAUCCCAUACUACCUGCCUCACAACGUCAUAUUUGGUGCAUCAAGACUAGCACUCAGCUGGAGAAACCUCGCUACCUCAUUGUUGGUUUCCAAACGGAUCGUAGAAAUGACAAGACCAAAGAUAUGAGCAUAUUCGACCACUGUAAUCUUACCAAUUGCAGGGUGUAUUUGAACGCACAGUAUUAUCCAUACGAUCCCUUUUCGGCCGAAUUUAAAACCAACAACUAUGCGCUCUUAUAUGACGCAUUUACCAAUUUCCAACGGUCGUACUACAACCGUGAUCAUACCAGCCCUCAAGUGAAUUAUGCUCAUUACAAGACACAGUCUCCAUUAAUAGUCAUCGACGCGUCAAGACAGUGUGACAGCUACAACUCGGGAGCUGGUGCUAUUGAUAUUAAAUUGGAAAUGGAGUUUAAGGAGAAUAUGCCUUCUAACACCACGGCAUACUGUCUAAUUAUCAACGAUUCACUGUUUGAGUACAACGCUCUCACUAUAAGUCUAGACGGCCGAGGCGACGGCGGAGCGGGCGAGAGAAGAAUUUCCCUCGCCCCCUCCGCCGCGCACCGCAGACUCACGCGCUGCAAGGCUGACGCAACUGGCUCAGUUGCACGUGGCUCGCCGCACAGCCCACCCGUUCCCGUCGUCUGA